AUGUACUAUACAUCACGAACUGCACACCCUGAACCAUCACGAACUGCACACUGCACCAGCGCGGAGAGCAAGCGAGGGCAUAAUGAAAGAGGAGGACGGAGGCCCGCGGCUACCCCCUCCCCGCACACUUUUCGAGAAGAAGGAUGUUCCGUGUCUCGCCGCGCUGCGAAUCCUUCUCGGCGACAAGGGAGCAGGGCAGAGCAGCAACAACGACAGAUGGCUCUCGCCCACGAGAGAGCUGCGCCUGGUGUCCUUCGACGUGUGCAACGCUUGCCGGAGCGCCGUGCCUUGCCGUGUUUGGGUCGGUCAGAACACACCGCCAUCUCUGUGGGCAAGAAAACCACGAGCGGGGCAGCCGAAGGGUGGGAACGCGUGCCUACUGUCCCCCCCAGUCUUCACCACCACCAGCGACAGCAGGAGACCAUCUCCUCCCACCACGCGGCGGACGUUGUUAGGGAUCCGCGCGUCAACGGUCGUGUGGGAUCGACCUUUUCGCGACGUCGUCGACGCGCGGUCCUUCCUGCAGGGCGUGGCGUGCUGGAGGUUUGGGUUUCAUUUCAACGAGCCGCUUGUCCCAAGGAACAACACGGGCUGCUUUCGUUGGCCCGAGACCUUGAUUACUCUGGACCUAGGCCCGAGGUUCCAACAUGACCUGUCUGGCGUAUCUUUACCCGCCGGGUUGCUUGAGUUGAGAUUGGGCGCGGCGUUCAACCGCUGCGUCCGGGGGAUAGACUGGCCUCCCCGCUUGCUGAAAUUGACCUUCGGCGCCAGCUUCAACAAACCAAUCGUCGGCGUCGUGUUUCCGGCGUCCUUAGAGCAGCUGUCAUUCGGAGCCAGCUUUGACCAGCCGUUGGUCCAAUACAUGGCAACUGAUACCUGUCCUAGCUGCGUUUCCUGGCCUCCGCGCCUACAUACUCUAUCGUUUGGCGCAGGCUUCGGCCACGAUAUUGGGGGAGGAAACAGCACCCUGCCGCUGGAGGCUACGUCUACGGCGGCGGAGACGAAACAUGGCUGUGGUAACCGGCUGCCCGCUUCCCUGAAGCGACUGACGCUGUCGGACGG